UGCUCCACUACUGUUACAUUUCGCGGUCUCUCCACUUAGCAGAAGUUAGUGAUUAGAAAACAAUGGGCUUGAUGAACAUCUGGAACUCGCCACAAAAUUUGUUGUUUUCAUAAAAGAUGUGUUUUUUUUCCCCACAAUGUGGUGCUACAGUUUCCCUUAGAGCACUUCUCUACUCGGAGAUUACGAUUCAUCAACCAUUUUGAUGAUUGACAAAAGUCAACUAGAACAAUAUAACAUUGUGACCUUGUGACUCAAUAAAAUGUUUUCAAUCAACUCUGCAAUCAUGUUCUGUUUGAUCGUUGUAUGCCACAGCGCCAACACAAGGACGAAGAUGUCAGACAUUAAGAUGAAUUUUAAACUAGGCAAUGAAACUGAAGAACAUCUGAAACAUGAGCAAAACUCUAUAAACAAAACUCUAACCUAUGAAAUCGACCAAGCCACGCAUGCUAAAGUUGACAAUGGUUCACAUUUUAGAAUUAACAAUUCAAAAGAAACUAUGAUCAACCAAAUCAAAAAUUCCAACGUUGAUGUAGCUACAGGUAAAACAUUAAAACAACAAGUAAGUUAUUCAACUAAACAAGCUACAUAUGAUACAUUUGACCAAGUUACAGAUGUAGCAGUUGACCGAACUACAAAUAUUGCAGCUGACCAAGCUACAGAUGUCAUUGUUGACCAAACUACAGACGUCAAUGUUGACCAAACUACUAAUUUUUUAAUUGACCGUGAGCCUCUACAAUUCCAUUUUGUAAAUCGUAAUUUGGGCAACCCAAAAGGUUUUGGAUCAGUUCACAAUCACACAGCUGCAGACUGUAGCUGGGUCUACGCUUGCACAAGUCUGUAUCUUCAAGGGAACUGCUCCAUCUGUGAGUGUGAAACACACAAAUUAUUGGCAUAUUGUUUCAAAACGAAAUUAAGUGGGAUACCGCAAGACUUACCCCGAAACAUCAGCUAUCUAGUACUACAGCAUAAUGAGCUUAACGACACUGCAUUGUAUCCAAGGGUCUUCGCCAAUUACUCAGAUCUGGAGGUUCUGGAGAUUAAGCACAACUACAUCACAGCCUUACCCGCUGGCGUCUUUGAAGGACUUAACAAACUGGUGAGUUUAAAUUUACAGAGAAAUAGAAUAGCCAUGGAUUCACAGCUGAAUGAUUCCCAAGUCUUUUCUCCUUUGGGGAGAACUCUGACGACUUUAAUACUAAACGGUAAUAACCCGAACACAACCAACCCUGAUCUGAAGUACCCAGACUUCGCUUUGUCUUACUUGCCAAAUCUAUCAAAUCUCGCUUUGGACGGGUUAAGGAAUAAAGUUUUUGGCCGCUACUUUCGUGCUUUAAAAAAGUUAACUAACUUGACUUUAGCUGGCUACUAUCCUGGUUCUUGUCGAAUGACAGCCUUAAAGAAUGAUACAUUCAGGCACGUCAUUCACGUGAAGUAUCUGAACAUCUCGGAAUGUGGCAUCACUGGUUCCUUUGUGGAGAAAGACGCUUUCGCGCCUUUGACUCAGUUGGUGUUUUUAGACCUGACCAACAAUUUUGAACUGGGCUUAGAGGCUGUUGGAGACAUGAUGUACGGGCUAAGAAACAGUAAAAGCAUUCAUCGUUUGAAGAUCGAAAGAAUCGUGUCUCGCUUUACCCCUUGUGUUGUUGUCUAUGGCCACACUCUGAGAUAUUUCUGGAACACCAGCAUUCAAGUGAUAGAGGCCAUGUACAAUGAGAUUGAGAUGAUCGAACAGAAGGCGUUACUGAAGCUUCCCCCCACAUUGAGAAGUCUCAACCUCACUAAUAAUAAAAUUAUGUUUGGUUCCUACUGGAAAGACAUGGGACAGUUGAUCAACUUGGAAAAUUUACACUUGGACGGAUUCUUCAUGCCUGUGGAGUUCCCCUAUAUUUUUCCAGAUAGACGUUUCCACUGCCAAACACCGCAGUCAAUAGACAAGGAAGUUACUGACAACGAAAAGCAGGGUAGCUGUGGUGACCAGUUUUGGGAAGAUAAUCAAACAGAUUUCAAGCUUCCACUGCCUCCUGUUUUGAAGAGAAUGACCAUGCGCAGCUUCUCCAUGGCGUACGUUGUCACCAACAUCACUUUCUGUCCCAACAACGCUUUAGAGUAUGUGGACGUCAGCAGUAACAACUUUCCGAAACUAAUUGGUCCCGUGACAGGCUUGGUCAACCUGAAGGUCUUAAACUUAUCCAGCUCUUACAUUGAAACGAUCAGUGCUAAGUUUUUCAACAACCUCACCAGCUUGGAACACCUGAGCCUGUUUCAGAACCUACUUGGGGACUGCCUCAACAACGACAAAAACGGCUUAAUCUUUUCCCAGCUCACUGACCUUAAAGUUCUUAAUCUUUCGUUUAAUAAUUUAUAUUACCUGGGCUGGGGAGUGUUUCAAGGCCAGGCCGACAUAGAGGUAAUUGACUUGUCGGUAAAUCGUUUAGAUCACAUUACUUUCAACGUCACGCAUAUGCGCAAGUUACGCCAUCUUGAUCUCCACAAAAAUGACAUCCAGACACUUCCGACUGGCCUAACGGACCACAUCAGUAGCUUGCUCGAGCGAGGUGUCAACGUCACCUUGGACAUGCGACAAAACCCAAUCUCGUGUGGGUGCGAGAAUCUGGACUUUCUUCAGUGGGUCGUAAACACGAGAGUAUUCGGAAGCGAUUUGUAUCUGUACUACUGCAAGUUCCCUGAUUCGGACAGAGCUGUCAGGGUGGAACCAGGCGGUUAUGAAGAUGUCGUCAAGAGACUAGUUCAUAGUUGUAGCAGUCAAGCCGUACUGUAUACUGUGGUUAGUUGUGUGACUCUGCUAAUCAUGCUGAUUUUAUUGGCUGCAGUUAUUUAUAGAUUCAGGUGGACUUUAAGGUAUUGGUACCAUGCGGCUAAACUAAAAAUAUCCUCCAAUCAGCAGAUGGAUAGUGAUCAAUUCAAGUAUGACGUCUUUGUCUGCUACGCCUCCAAGGACAUUGACUUUGUUGUGAAGGAACUGUGUCCCAGGUUAAAAGAACGUAACAUAACAGUCUAUGUCCACGGUGAAAAGUUUAAAGUCGGCUGCUACAUCGCUGACAACAUCUACACAGGAAUCAGAAAAUGUCGGAAAACUUUAGUUGUGGUCACUCAGAACAUGCUGGCCAGCCGUUGGUGCAACUAUGAGCUACAGAUAGCCAGAGAACAGGCCAGAAACACGGGUCGAAAUGUUUUGGUCUUUCUCUUUCUGGAGGAGCUGCCCACGUCAAGAAUGGGGAUGGGCGUACUGACCCACAUUAAGAGCAGCACUUACAUCAUGUAUCCCAAGCUUCCCCAGCACAGAGGAGCAUUCUGGGAUAAACUAGCAGACGAUCUUCGCUCAUCGUAGAAAAUGGCAAACAGAAGUCAAGAUAAUGAAACAUUGAAGCCAGUACGAAGUACACAAGAACGAGGAAAUGUUUGCUUUAUUAAUAUUCCGAUUUAACACAGACUAGAAAAUAAUAUAAAAUAGACUUACAAAAUGUUAUUUCUUCCUAUAGUCAUUAGAUGUUUAACAUAAUUUUAUGUUAUAGUAACUUCUUCCUGGAAUGCAAAAGGUGCAGACUCAUCUCGAUGGUGAUUUCUUUUAUUAGCUGAUUUUAAAGUUUUGUGGCUUUUUUUUUCUUUAUUUUUACUGUGACUUUCAUUAAUUAACCCUUAAAGUGCUGAGGUUUCUUUCAAGAGUGCAUACAAAAUGGAAUUACAACUCUAUAGUGUUUUGAGGCUAAACUACCACACGCGUCUAAAGGGUUCAAGUCUAAAUUAUAAGCUUAAUGACAGAUCACCAUUUUAUGAAUUAUGUGCCAUGCACAUGGCACUCUUGUGGAGCGAGGCGGCCGAGUGGUAAAGCGUUUGGCUUACGAACCAAGGGGUGUCAUAUUUGAAUCACCUUGUCAUUUAAUUUGGGAUUUUAGGACGCCCCUGAGUCCAUCUAACUCGAAUGGGUACCUGACUUAAAUUGGAUGGAUCAAAGACGGUUGGUUAUUGUGCUGGCCACAUGACGUCUUUGUUAACAGUCGGCCAUAGAAACUGAUGAAGUGGGCACCUUUAGUUUUUGUUUUACCUACAAGGUUUACCUGUACGAUAUAAAACUGAAAUCUAACCUCAGUAAUUAAAAUAAUUAAUCAUCAAACAUGUGGUGUGUUAACAACAGGUAAAUGGUAACACUGAUCCAGUCUGUCACAGUUUUAAAAUGAAAUCUUAUGUUUAAAAAUCCUCAUUGAAAACAUUUUCUAUAAUGUCAACUGAACAUUUUUACAAAUGUUUCGAAAUUUCUGUCAUUGUAUGCCUUGUAGUGACCUAGUUUUGUUUAUAGAUUAUGUUAUUUUUUAUUAAAAUAAAUAAACAUUGUUUUUAGCUACAUUAAAAGUAAUGACGUAGCCAGACAGACGAAUGACGUUACAGAAUACGGGUACAUGAUAGGAGAAAACUCUGGCUAGGGCUUGUAGAAAGAUGGAUAGACUGCUCAUUGAAACGACGGAUAGAGAGACAAAACGAUCAUCCCCAUCUGUAAAUAAACAUCAGUUGAAGUCUUCACAAGUUUUAUUAAGUAUUGUUGUGUCCCUUGGAUGUGUUCGGACUCGCGUUUAGAAUUGUGAAAUACCAUAGAACAAGUACAAGAAUAUAAAUAUCUAGGCACAACUAUCAACAACAAACUGAAAUGACGGCAAUACUGUUAAAACCUCUACACAAAAAUUCACCAGCAAUUCCUCUAUCUCAGAAAGCUAAGAAAAUUUAACAUCGACAAAACAAUUGUAAAACUUUUUUAUACAGCAACCAUCAGCAGUCUAAUUAACUUUGCCAUCACCUGCUGGUAUGGUAAUACUUCACUGGUACAAAGACUUAGACUAAAUAGACUAAUUAAAAAAGCAUCGCAUAUCACUCGAAUACAGCUACCAUCUCUUGAAGAGCUUUUUUCAUGAAAGAUGCCUUUCCAAAACACUCUCGAUUCUUAAGGACAACCUGUACCCACUAAACCACUGUUACAUAAGAUCUGAACGAAGUGGUCGUAUCCUUUCCAUUAGGACUAAAACAGAAAGAUUUGAAAACUCCUUUAUCCCACUUUUGAUCAGAGUGCUAGAAGAUCAGCUGUCGUCAUCCAGAAGUACAUAGAAGUCAAAUUGAUAAAGCGCUGGUUGUGAAUGUGUAUGUGUUUCGUGAGUGAAUGUUGUUCGAAUUUUUCAUCUAUACUGUUAUAGUACAGUAGUUACACUGAUAUUGUCAAUUUUAGUCAAACUGAAUUUCCAUUUGAUUGGAUCAAUAAAAUUAUCUUAUCUUUGUA